AUGCCUGCAAUUCGUGAGCAUGAUAUUUACCCUAACGAUGUCGAAGAUGACGAUGGCAUGCCCCCACUCGUCGACAAUCCGAAUACAUCAAUGUCAUUUACUUUUUUCACUGAUAUGACUCCCAUUACUGCUUUCAGCGUUGAUCCGACUGCUCUCUGCGAGAAUGCAUGGGACAACCCAGCGUCCACAUCUCCUGUGGAGUUUACAGACUCGCUUGACUAUCCUGCAACCCAGACUGCUGAUCGCGUCUCUCAUGGCAAGAAGCGGGAUGCUUCGUACAUCCCACGCCCACCCAACGCUUUCAUCCUCUUCAGAUCGUCCUUCAUUCGGAGCCAACAAGUUCCGGAGAAGGUGGAGGGGAAUCAUAGCACCCUGUCGAAGAUUAUUGGCAAAUACUGGAAAACUCUUCCUCGUGAGGAAAGAGAAGUCUGGGAGGCCAAGGCACUUGUUGCUCAGGCGGAACAUAGAAAGCGCUAUCCAGACUGGCGUUUUAGACCUGGGGCUAACGCGCUUGCGAAGCUGAAGGUUAAGGAUGGUCCUGGAAUAGCCAACAGAAAACGAAGCACCCAGAGUACCAAGAAAGGCCGCGGAAAUGCCGAAUCGAAGAAGAAGAAUAAGAGUAAAGAUGAAAGGUGUUCGAUGAUUGCGGAUCUUCUGGUGGAAGGUAAGACAGGCGCUGAACUCGAAAGUGCGCUUAGAAACUGGGAGAAUGGAAUUAGUAGGGAGGUUGAGGUGGGUAAAGGGGCUGUUGGCAGGGAAGGUGAACACGAUCAUGAGGGAAGUGAUGAGGGCAAUUGGGGCGGAGUUUUCCCGACUACCAAUCACUUUCAGAUGGAGUCGGUCCAGUUCUCGCAAGACCUCUACCAUACCGGUCACGUCACUCAGGUAAACACCGAUGGCUGCGAUCAUCCCGCCAUGAGCCAACCUCGCUGCAAGACUCCACACGACGAUCGAUUCAAAGUGCCUCUUACUGCGAUGUUCAAGCGUUCUCUGUCCGCACCUGCGAGGCGCUUCGCAUCUCCCUCGGAUGCUCUAGGCCACAACCGCAACGACUCUCUAACCAGUAACUUGACUGAUGUCUUAUCCGAUACUGCAAGUUCUCCUCCCAGCGUUUGUACACCUUCCGCUUUUCCUUCAGAGCAAUGUGAAGACCCAUCGGUUGCCGUUUACGGUGAUUCUAUGGGUCACCUAUCGCCUCUUGUUCUGCCGUCAGGACUAGGCGAUGAUUAUCCUGCCCGUUGGAAUGACCCAUACAAUCUCCUCGGAGCUCAAUCCCCCGUCGGGUCGUUAUCAGAUUGCCCUGGUCUGUCAUACGGACACAGUCCCUCCGUGUCGCCAGUCGACGUGAGCUUUGGGAAUUACACGUUCCCUUCGCCAACGCUGGCGGCACUUACUGCGACAAAGCCCGAGAAUAUCUCUGCUGGUCUUGACUACCCCGUCUCAUACGAUACCCAGUGUUAUUCCUCUUACUCUGCGCUCAAGGGGUGGGCAGAUGGUCAAUGCGCAUCUUUUAAUACCUCUCCAGAAGGUUUCGUGCCGCAGGUCUUUGUUAACCAAUACGCUAGCACAUCAGCGAUAUACGAAUGGUCCCCUCUCGACGAUACCAUACGUGGUAGUCAUGCUCCUCAGCUCCAUAACACAUUCGAAAGCAGCUACUUCAACGGUUUCGGAUUCUGA